UAUAAAAGUACAUCACAGAGGCUGAGGUCCCUCCUAGCUCAGAUGGAGCUGGGAUCCGUGGACCUGGAGGAGGUCAGGAUAAACAUGGAGCUUGCUGCUUCCGUCCUAGAGCUGAUCUAUAUGGAUGAGACCAGACGCCUGCUGGACACUGAGGAUGAGCUCAGCGCCCUGCAGGUGGAGUCAGUACCCAGUGAAGUACGUGAAUGGCUGGCGUCUACCUUCAGCAGGAAGAUGGGCGUGGCUAAACGUCGUCAUGAAGAGAAGCCAAGGUUCAGGAGCAUCGUCCAUGCAGUGCAGGCUGGGAUAUUUGUAGAAAGAAUGUACAGACGGACGUCCAACACGGUGGGACUGACUUCCCCUCGCUCUGCUCUGGCAGCUCUGAAGGAAGUGGAUAAGUGGUCAUUUGAUGUCUUCUCGUUCCAUGAGGCCACAGGAGGACACGCUCUGAAGUUCCUCAUGUAUGAGCUUCUGACACGAUACGACCUCAUCAGCAGGUUCAGGAUCCCAGUCCAGGCUCUGGUCCAGUUUGUGGAGGCUCUGGAGGCGGGUUACAGCAAACACAAAAACCCCUAUCACAACCUGGUGCACGCUGCCGACGUGACCCAGACCGCACACUACCUGAUGUUACACAGCGGGCUGAUGCACUGGCUGAGUGAGUUAGAAAUACUCGCCAUGGUGUUUGCUGCAGCGAUCCACGACUUUGAACACACAGGAACAACCAACAACUUCCACAUUCAGACAAGGUCGGAGGUGGCUAUUUUGUACAAUGAUAGAUCAGUCCUGGAAAAUCAUCACGUUAGCGCUGCCUACAGGCUGAUGGCUGAGGAGGAAAUGAACAUUCUGACCAACCUGAACAAAGAUGACUGGAGGGAGCUGCGGUCUCUGGUGGUAGAGAUGGUGAUGUGCACAGAUAUGUCCUGUCACUUCCAGCAGGUCAAGACCAUGAGGACCGCCCUGAGCCAGAAACACGGGGUGGACAAGGCUAAGGCUCUCUCACUGAUGCUCCACGCUGCUGACAUCAGCCACCCAGCCAAGACCUGGCCACUGCAUUACCGCUGGACACAGAGUCUGAUGGAGGAGUUCUUUAGACAGGGUGAUAAAGAGAUGGAGCUUGGCCUUCCUUUCUCCCCUCUCUGUGACCGCAAAGCCACCAUGAUUGCCCAAUCACAAAUAGGUUUCAUAGACUUCAUCGUGGAGCCAACAUUCAGUGUCCUGAUUGACGCAGCAGAGAAAGUGAUGUCUCCACUGAUAGAAGAAGACAGACUGGGCCAAGAAACUGGAAACAGGAGGUCUAGUCUGACAGGGAGUGGUUCUGUCACCGUUGAAUCAGUACAGCGACACAGUACCGGUCGUAACGGGAACUGUGAUGAUGGACAGAUGGACUUCUCUUUAACCGCCAUUGACCUGACAGCUCUGAGGCUCUGCCUUACUGGAAUUAUUACAAGGAACAAGAACAAAUGGAAGGAGCUCUCUGAACAAGAGGUCGCCAGUAAGAAGCGAGGGUUGUCCCCAGAGAGACGAGAUGAGACGGAGCCUCAUGUUAACAGUGACAUCCAGUCAGAGGUGUUGUCCGGCCACAGCAGCCCUGAUGGACAGGUCACUGGCCAGUUCACCAGCUCUUCCAUCCCAGAUGAAACAUGUGAUGAAGGGUCACCCCACCAUCCUCCCACACAUCACCUGACCUGGAAUGGGGAUGGGCCAGCAGAGGCAGAGGAGAAGGAAGAUGAAGAACUUGAGAAAGCCUGA